AUGACCACCUAUGCACUUUUGAAGGGCGAUUGCAAGCGACAAACGUCGACUGACAACGACGAAUCAAAACCAAAUGACCUUCUUAGCAAAUAUCUCAGUUUCCCAAGCUUUGACCAGCAUCAGUGGUGGCACAACACGGCACCGAUGCUAGGAAAUCUCUUGUCACAGUGCAAAUACAGUGUGCACCAGCAGUAUCAAUAUUUAUGCCUCUAUGGCCUACACAUCAUACCCUUUCUAGGUCCAUGGCCUGAUACUGAGCGUCGUAAGCUCUACAAAAGUGUAUUUAGUGGCCUAGGGCCGCUGGAGUUCAGCCAGAACUUUACAAAGAUUGGGAAGACUGUUCGAAUGGGCUUCGAGCCGACAACCUUCAUUUCUAGUACCGGUCGCGAUGUAUGCAAUCGACGUGCUCUUGGUGAGGCCUUGAAUCGUCUCAAGCAGCUGGACAUGAAGCUGGAUUUGCAAUUGUAUCACCAGCUAGUGAAUGAGGUUUCAUUAACGGAUCAAGAGGAAGCGACAGUUCGAGAACGAGGUAUAUUGGAUGAUGAGCCGGCGAAAUCGCAGAGCCUUCUGGCACUAGAUUUCAAUAACGAUGACGUGACAGUCAAGUUAUAUUUCUACCCUCAACUGAAAUCACUAGCCACCGGAAUUCCUCGCGCGCAGCUGAUGUUCAAUGCAGUGCGCAAUGUGGAUACAAUAGGUGCUUUCAGUGAGUCUAUGGACAUGAUUGAGGAAUACUUUGCCUCAGUCCCAGCCACUACGGCCCCGUACUGGAUAUCUUGUGACCUUGUCGAGCCUCACAAAAGUCGAUUCAAAUUGUACAUUGCACAGUUCCAAGUAAGCAUCGAGAGUGCCGUAGACCUCUGGACUCUUGGCGGUCGGGUCUCAGAUCCCGAAACGAUGGCAGGUCUUGCCAUGGUUCGCGAUCUAUGGAAUUCUUUAGAUAUUCAAGAUGGUUUGCGUGAACAGAAGAACCGACCUAGAAACCCGGGUGAUCCCUGCAACAUUAUCCCAAUGUUGUUCAAUUUAGAGAUAUUCCCUGGUAGGGCAUAUCCGCAGCCUAAGAUAUACUUCCCUACUACUGGGAUGAACGACCUGGCUGUCGCAAAAGUCAUGGUCGAGUUCUUUAGACAACAUGGGCUCCAUGAGCAUGCACAAUCAUACACUGACCAUUUGGCUUCAUAUGUACCACAUAUGGACGUCAAUGAGUGCACCGACCUUCAAGCAUGGGUGUCCUUCUCCUUCUCUGAUGCUACUGGGCCUUAUGUUACUGUCUAUUAUCACUAG